GACAUUGAGCGGGAGAGGAGGGAUCUGGAGAGAACACGAGAGGACAAGGAAGGCUUUCACACGGCGAUUUAGACAGACACGGUGCAAGCGAGCAGUGAUGAAGGCGGCGGGUUUGUGCGCGACGGCGCUCACGUUUCUUGUUGCGGUGCUUUUGGCACAGUCGGGCGCGCGCGCCGCGGCGCCGGUGAUGGACACCGGGGACAUCUCGUUCGAGUAUCACCGUUACGAGGAGAUGCGCAAAGCUCUGGUGUCAGUGUGGCUGCAGUGUCCGUCCAUUGCGCGCAUCUACACCGUGGGAGAAAGCUUCGAGGGCCGCGAGCUGCUCGUGCUGGAGAUGACUGACAACCCUGGCGUCCACGAGCCUGGUGAGCCAGAGUUUAAGUACAUUGGGAACAUGCAUGGCAAUGAAGCGGUUGGCAGGGAGCUGUUGAUCUAUUUGGCUCAGUAUCUGUGUAAUGAGUAUCAACAGGGCAACGACACCAUCAUCAACCUGAUCCACUCCACCCGCAUCCACAUCAUGCCCUCCAUGAACCCCGAUGGCUUCGAGAAAGCCGCCUCACAGUCUGGUGAGAUGAAGGACUGGUUCGUUGGACGCAGCAACGCUCAGGGUAUCGAUCUGAACCGGAACUUUCCAGACUUGGACCGUAUCGUCUACAUGAACGAGAGAGACGGAGGCGCGAACAACCAUCUGCUGAAAAACAUGAAGAAGGCCGUCGAUGAAAAUACUAAGCUCGCACCUGAGACUAAGGCUGUAAUUCACUGGAUUAUGGACAUCCCAUUUGUCCUGUCAGCCAACCUCCAUGGAGGAGAUGUGGUGGCCAAUUACCCAUAUGAUGAAACCAGAAGUGGAUCUACUCAUGAGUACAGUGCCAGCCCUGAUGACAUGGUGUUCAAGAGCUUGGCCAAGGCGUACUCCGGCUACAACCCACUGAUGUCAGACCCUAAUCGAGCACCAUGCCGCAAAAAUGAUGAUGACUCCAGUUUCAAAGAGGGCAUCACUAAUGGAGGGGCCUGGUACAGUGUGCCUGGAGGCAUGCAGGACUUUAACUAUCUGAGCAGCAACUGUUUUGAGAUCACGCUGGAAUUGAGCUGUGACAAGUUCCCACUGGAAAACACACUCAAAAUAUACUGGGACCAGAACCGUAACUCCCUCGUCAACUAUAUUGCACAGGUUCAUCGUGGAGUCACAGGUUUUGUGCGUGAUCUUCAGGGAAAUCCCAUCUCCAACGCCUCCAUUUCUGUAGAGGGCAUUGACCAUGACAUUACCUCAGCUAAAGACGGUGAUUAUUGGCGCUUACUGGCUGCUGGGAACUACAAAGUUUCAGCCUCGGCUCCUGGAUAUCUUACAGUGACCAAGAAAGUGGCUGUUCCACACAGCCCUGCUAUUCGGCUCGAUUUUGAGUUGGAGUCCAUGGAGGAACGGAAGGAGGAAGAGAAGGAGGAGCUCAUGGAUUGGUGGAAGAUGAUGUCAGAGACCCUGAACUUCUAAAAAGUGUAAUUCCCAAAAGAUUCACUGUCAGUCGCUGCAUUUGACUGAGCAUCCUGGGUGUAAAAUAUUUAAUCGAUGUUGUAUGUGUGCUCAUUUACAUUCAAGUAGCUUUUUUAGGGGCCUAAAUGUCUACAUGUGGACUGAAAGUCAGAAACGGAAUAGACUGAACCGCAGGGAUAUUCAGUGGAAGAACGUAUACGAAUUUAGGAGGAAGAUGAUAACUGGCAUUUAGUUCUGUUUCACUGAUUGGAAGUCCUCAUGUGAUGCUCUGAGAUUCAUGUACUGAUGUUCCUUUUCUGCAAAUAUUGAGCUUAUAGGUGUUGUUUGCAAUAAUAUGUUAAUUGUCAGCUGCCUCUGUAUAUGUGUGUGUGUGUGUUUCUGUGUGUGUAGGUAUGUACACACACAUACACAUACACACACAGGCAUUAAAUGCAAAUGGUGUGCUCUAUCUUUCCUUUUCAACAUUGUUCUUGUAAGAUACAUUGAUCACCAACCAACCAGGAAGCACUGUGUUGUGAAUGAAUGUAUGUGACAAAUAUGAAUUCUAUUGAUUAUCACUACGACGAUGACGAGUGAAGACGCCAGCGUAGACCACUCUACGUUCUAUUUAUGCUUUCUGUCGCUCUUCUGUUCAAACAUUGUUCUGUGAAUGUUUUUUUUUUAAUUUUUUUUUGGAAAAAGCCGCAUCAGUAAACCUGUCUAGUUUUAUGAUAUUUAAAAAAAUAUUUAAAAAUUAAUUCUGGGGAAUGCUCAAAAGAAUUUUAUUAUUAGAUCUACAUUAAGAAAUCAUUCUAUUAGAGCUAGAGACUGCUAUAAACUUUAUGGAUUUAACGGAAUUUGUGAUGGCACAAAUGUGACGAUUUUGUAAACAAUGACCAAAAUGCACAAGUGUGACACGUAUAUAACAAUCAACGGUCUUUAUUUAAUAAACACUGUAACUCUG